GUCAACGUCAACGGCACGGCCAGUGUCAUUCACGCUUGCCAGCGCGCUGGGGUCUCCCACCUCAUCUACACAAGCUCAAUGGACGUGGUUUUCUCGGGCACACCCGUGUGUGAGGGCACGGAAGAGCUGGCCACCCAACCCCACUCGCGCUAUAACGGCUACGUGCGCACAAAGGCUCGCGCGGAGCAGCUCGUGCUUCAAGCCAAUGAAGCAAACCUCACGACCUGCAGUCUCCGCCCAGCUCACAUUUAUGGUCCCGAGGAUGAGAUGAUCGUGACUAUUGUGCGGGAACGAGUCAACGACCGUCUGCCUGCCGUUUUCAGUGCCGGCCGCCAGGCUUACGUCUAUGUGGAAAAUUGUGUCAGCGCCCACGUGGAUUGCGUGGAACGACUUUUAGCCGGUCACACCGAUCAAAGUGCGUUCUUUCUGAUCUGCGUCGCGCAAAUGUUCAAACGUUCCGAUGCUUGCAGUUUUGGCUCACAAAGCUGCGUCUAG